AUGAGAGGAAAGGCAGCUUCAGGAAAGACAAUUUUGUUUGUAUGCAUUGCAUGCUUUAUUGCAGGAACACUCUUUAGUGGCCAGAUGUGGCCACGCCCCUCCAACCAUGAAAAAACACCACUGCAAUCCCAACCUGAUUGUGAUCACAAACGAAAACUGAUUGAAGGAAGAUCUGAUGAUAUAAUGGAGGAAGUCGUCAAGACUCAUCAAGCUAUCAAGUCUCUAGAUAAGGCAGUUUCGACUUUGGAAAUGGAACUGACAGCAGGUAGGAGAAGCCAAGGUGGUGGGCAGCACUUGCAGAAGCAUAAUGUACAAAAGGCUUUUGUGGUGAUUGGCAUUAACACAGCGUUUAGCAGCAAAAGGCGAAGAGACUCGAUACGCGAAACAUGGUUCCCAAAAGGGAAUCGGAUGAAGGAGCUAGAGAAAGAGAAGGGGAUUGUUGUAAGGUUCGUGAUCGGGCACAGCACCACACCAGGGGGGGUUUUGGAUAAAUCAAUUGAUGCAGAAGAGGCAGAACACAAGGACUUUCUCAGGUUAGACCACGUUGAGGGCUAUCAUGAGCUAUCCUCCAAGACUCGCCUCUACUUUUCCACCAUUACCUCUAUGUGGGAUGCUGAUUUCUAUGUCAAGGUAGACGAUGAUGUCCAUUUAAAUCUGGGUAUGCUAGUGAGUACACUUGCCAAGUACCGAUCAAGACCCAGGGUUUACAUUGGUUGCAUGAAAUCUGGUCCUGUUCUGUAUCAAAAAGGAGUAAAGUAUCACGAGGCUGAGCACUGGAAGUUUGGAGAAGAAGGAAACAAGUAUUUUAGGCAUGCCACUGGCCAAAUUUACGCCAUCUCCAAAGAUCUAGCUACUUAUAUAUCAAUCAAUUGGCCCAUAUUGCACAAAUACGCCAAUGAAGACGUAUCUUUAGGUUCAUGGUUAUUGGGCCUAGAAGUUGAACAUGUCGAUGACCGCUCCAUGUGUUGCGGUACCCCUCCUGAUUGUGAUUGGAAGGCCAGGACAGGAAAUGUGUGCGUGGCCUCUUUUGAUUGGUCCUGCAGUGGUAUCUGUAAGUCGGUGGAGAGAAUGAAAGAUAUACACAAAGCUUGUGGCGAGGGAGAGGGAGUUGUUUGGAACAUUGAACUCUAA